AUGGCCCCGAUUUGUGCGUGGACCCCUGCCGAGGAUCAAAUCCUUCGCGACUAUGUGUGCCUUCACGGCGGCAAACAGUGGCGCGGGGCCGUGGGUCUCUUUGGCUCGCGCAAAUCUAUUCGCGACUGCCAGCAUCGAUGGAAGCUGUUGUCUCAAACGUCCAUGGGGAAGCAGCCGUGGACUGAAGCUGAAGACCAAGCGAUGCUCUCGCUCGUGAGAGGACUCGGGCCACACAAGUGGGGUGUGAUUGCGUCGUACUUGCCUGGUCGAAGUGGAAAACAAUGCCGCGAAAGAUGGUGCAACCAGCUUGACCCGUCGAUCAGCAAGGCGCCUUGGACCGCCGACGAAGACAAACUUCUGGCAGCAUUGCAAGCAAAACAUGGAAAUCGAUGGUCCCUCAUUGCCGAAAAGUUACCCGGUCGAACCGACAAUGCCGUUAAGAACCAUUGGCACGCUAGCGUCAAGAUGACGAAGCCAUACAAGGGCGUUGUCCCCCGGCCACCGUCACAAGCCUCGAUAUCGCCCAUGAAGGAGGAAUCUCGACGUCCACCAGUGCCCAAACCGCUGCCCCUCCUCGACACGGACGACGUGUGGAACCUGCAAGAUCUGGAUCUGGCCACCGACAUUUGCUGGGUCGACCCGGACUUUAUAUGGGGCCAUGGCGAGACUAUGGCCAGCGAGUCCUCCCCCGAUGCCAUCGACGACACCCAAACCGUCGAAUGGCUCACAUCCGUCGACAUUUCCCCCUCCGGCGUGCUGUGA